AUGGCAUCGACAAAGGCUUUGUUAAAAUUUGCUAAACUUACAGAAUUUGCAUUUUCACCAUCGAAAGGUUCAACUGAUGCCGCCGGUUGGGAUCUUCGUAGUGCUUAUCAAUAUGUUGUACCAGCACGCGGUAGGCUAACAGCACUAACCGAUAUUCAAAUUUCUGUACCAACUGGUUGUUACGGUCGAAUUGCUCCUCGGUCUGGUCUCGCUGCUAAAUUUGGCAUUGAUACUGGAGCUGGUGUGAUUGAUGCAGAUUAUCGUGGUAAUGUUGCCGUUGUUUUGUUUAAUCAUAAUGAUUCAGAUUUUAUCAUUAAUCGUGGUGAUCGUAUUGCGCAAUUGAUUUGCGAAAAAAUCGAAUUGGUUGAUCUAGUCGAAGAACAAAAACUUGACGAUACUACCCGUGGUUUAAACGGUUUUGGUAGCAGUGGUGGAUAUCCUCAUUUUAACAGUAAUAAUUCGGAGUAA